AUGGUUUUGGAAUCGGAGAAGCCCGACUGUGCCGCCGCAGUGAGCCACUGGAAGGACGCCGUCAACAACUUCACUACAAUCCCUCCGGCGAAGAACGCCGCCGCAGUGAAGCACUGGAAGGACGCCGUCAACAACUUCACUACAAUCCCUCCGGCGAAGAAUGACGACACGGAUCUCUACAAGAAACAGCAGAACAUUUCUUUUGUUGCUCUGUACAACCCUUCAAACGAUGCCGCGGCUGACUGCCGCGAAGAGUCAGCAGAUGUAACGAAGAGCGGAAAUGAAAAUGAAUUUCAAGCUGGCACAUACGCCUACAUGGUUUUGGAAUCGGAGAAGCCCGACUGUGCUGCCGCAGUGAGCCACUGGAAGGACGCCGUCAACAACUUCACUACAAUCCCUCCGGCGAAGGAUGACCAAACGACACUCUACAAGACACAGCAGAACAUUUCUUUUGUUGCUCUGUACAACCCUUCAAACGAUGCCGCUGCUGACUGCCGCGUCGUUACCUGCACUCGAGCGGCAGCUUCCGAACCCCCACAAGUAGUAUACAACCGAAGCACUGAUGGAGGGAAGACAGGCUAUGCUCUACUGUGCAUGACCACACCUGAAGCACUUAAAGAGAGCGAAGCUCCAUUCACCGAAGACCAGUGGAAGAAGAUCAAGGCAUCCAUCACAGGUUCUGCCUCUGCCGUUGCCCCGAGUCUGCUGGCCGUUGCUAUUGCGGCCGUUGGCUUGCUGGCCCUUUAA